AGAAAAUGCCUGAAGCAUUCCACUCCGCUAGAGAAAACGAAGUAGUUAUGUGGAACUUGCACAACUAAAACUCUGUGUGUUCAUCGACAGAACUAUAAGUGAGAGAACAGGAUUCACUUGCGUAUUCACCGCACUAUAUAUAACUCUGGUUUCGUUUUCUAAACGUUUACAUCUUUGUCUUUAGACGCUGGAGCAUCCCAAAAUGUUCACUUUACAAAGAACUAUUAUAAAGUUACUUAACAAUAAUUGUUAUGUAACACUUUUGAAGAAAACCAUGAAGGUAUACAUAUAGGCAUGAAACAACUCUUUUUCAAUUCUUUCCUACACAACACAUGAAAAGUAAAAAUUCACGUUCCUUUCGACGUUAUUAUCCUAGAAUUGUCUCGCUAUCAUCUGUCAAUGUCAUCGGUCAUGUCAAUGUGUCAUUUUUACAUAUUUAGCAUAAGCGAUUUGCAUGUUUUGGUUACUCAUUCAAAGCUAAAAACAGUUUUAUAAAUGAAAGAACACUGAGUAAUCGAAGGACAUGGAUUCAAACAAAAUAAAAAGUGCAACGGAAGGAAUUGCACCAAUGGGUAUAACUUCAUUGAACGAGACAGUACUAAGCAACCAGCCAGAGUCCAGAUAUGAGUGUCCUGUAUGUCUCAAUUGGUUACGGGAUCCUGUCAUAACCACAUGUGGACACAAGUUCUGCAAGGGCUGCAUUACCUCUUGGUUACAAAACAGUGGCCAUUGUCCCAUAGACAACAUAAAUCUCAGCAUGAAAGUUGAUAUUUUCCCUGACAAUUACACUAAAAGGGAAAUUCAAGAGCAACGGAUGUCAUGUCCAUUUGCAGCUAAAGGUUGUGCCGUCAAAGUAACCCCAUUAGAUUUGGAUGGGCAUAUAACAAUAUGCGAGUUCAACCAACCAGAUGUCUCCACCCACGCCGAAGUGAGAGUGCCAUGCUCAUUCCAUGCUGUUGGAUGUAAAGAUACUUUCGAUAGCCAGGAAGAUAUGAAUACUCACUUGCAUAAUGAUAUACAGAACCAUAUGAGCUAUUUAAUGAACGCAUACUCAAAGAUCCAAAUAGACAGUGACAUAUCGAACGCCAGUAUCGAUGCGAAGGAGCAAGAGGCUAUGAGCUUAUGGGAAGCUCCGGAUAAAAAUGGUGCACAAGCCUCAGCCGCGCCUCUGAAUAACACGAGCGCACUUAUUAGAGCACUUUACGAGAGAGUUGUGGUGUUAGAACAGAGAAACCGUGAGCAAGAUAUAGUAAUCGCAAACAUGUCCAAGCAGCUGUCAGCUCUAUCCGUGGCCAAGAUGAAACAGAGUAACGAUAUGCUGCUACGGUACUGCAUGGGCAACUAUAUGUGGAAGAUAGACAACUUCAAGGCGCGAUGCGACGCCAUGUUGAAAGACCACUUCAAGAUGCUUUACAGCCCAGGCUUCUAUACUUCGCCGAAUGGUUACAGAUUCUGCGUCCGGCUGAACAUAUCCCCGCAGAACCCACUCUUCUUCGCCCUCCACGUGCAUCUAAUGAAGACUGAAUACGACGAUUGCCUCGAAUGGCCCUUCAACGGACGCAUCUCCUUCGCGACUAUCAACCAAUACGACCCGGAAAUGACGCAAAGAGACACCAUGAUGUCCAAUUCCAACCUCGUAGCGUUUAGGAAGCCGACAUCGGAGAUUUGCGUUCGCGGUUUCGGCUAUACCGAGUACGCGGUCGUCAGCGACGUGGUCAGGAACGGUUUCGUCAAAGACGAUGUACUGAUAAUAAGAGUUAAUAUUAGGUGUGUAUGACAGGAGGAGUGAUUUUUUUGUUAUUACUUUCGACCUGUUUUAGUCCCAUGGCUGUCGUAGUCCCAAGUUUUUUUUUUCUUUUUCUUUCGUCACACAGAUUUAAGAACAUACAGAACCCUCGAUUAGCCAUUAUUACAUGCAGUGCAUUGUGUCCAAAUCAGUAACUCGCCCCAGUCUCACCUCACACCUACAGAGUGUUGCCAACUCUCAAACUUUCCCUUUUUCCCAUUUUAUGGUAAACGUUUAGAACAUAAGAGGUAAAAUAAUUACUGUCAACUGCUAAACGGAAUAAUGUUACCAAACGCCUGUUCGAGAACCACUACUAAAGUAUUUGAUGCUUCAAUAUUAGUCCUGUAAACGGUUUCUGUAAGUUCUUAGCCAUCGAACUUUCAUAAAUACCUGUGUUCCAAAUCAUUUUUCUAUGUAACUUUUUUAAUAACUUAACAUUUAACUAUGACAUGAUUUUUUUACUUGAAAGUAAAUCAGGAGUAGAUAGCUGAACUGUCAUUUAAAAGAACACUUUCCUAGAAACCGUACAUUCCAUAUUAUUAUUGGAGGAUAUUCCGAUUGUACCUCAAAAUCAGUACUUAUCUUUGUAUAACUUGCAAUGGAAAGUCACUGUUUAACAGUAUAAGAUUCACUGUUUGUAAAUUAUUCUAGUACUAAGUCAAAGUUUUGUACUUAAAACACUGUAACUGAGUCCGUCCGACUUUUAGUAUUCAAUUAUAUUUUUAGAAUAAGAAUAAGAUAGAUGAGUUUAUUUAAAAAAAACAGUAUUUUUAUAAUCUCUGUAAGAUCUGUUACCAUAAAUUUAUUUUUAAGAAAAUUAAAACUCUAUUAGAGCACAAAUUAUAUGAUUUUAUCGAAGUACUCUUUAAACAUUCCAUCUUCUUACUAUUAUACUAUCGUAAGUCAUAAAAGUCUUAUAAUGUAUGUAAU